ACUCCAGUCCGAGAGGAAGAAAAUUAGGAGUUACGCCCCUUUUACAAUCUUCAAUGUUAUGAUUCGAAGCAAUCACGAAUCACAGCAUCACAUGAUAAAACUCGCAAUGCUGGUCAACUCAAAGAAUCAAUUGGAGUGGACAGUGGUCAUAUGUUGACUUGAUUGCGUUGUUAUUUUUUUGACAGUAUGGCCUUUAUCAUAAAGUAAAAGCAGUUCCGCUGAUAUAUUUAUAUAUUACGAGGAGAAACGCUGCUGUAGUCAAUAUUUGGAAAAGAUGGCAAAGAACAGUGGACUCUCUCAUAUCCUGACGGAACUGUCAUCUCUGGAGGAGCUGACCUCGGUGUUAGGACGCUCGUCCCGUCUAAAGUACACUUGUCUGUCAGUUUCCAAGAAGUAUAUCGCCCUUGGAUCUAACACAGGUGGUGUGUACAUAUUCAGCAGAGACACACUCAAGUAUCUUCAAGUUGUGUUUGGAGACACUGAGGCGAGUCCGGUGUGCCAGGUUAGCCUGUCCCCUGGAGAUCAGCAUAUUGGUGUCGCGCUCAGCACUGGACAGGUGGCGGUGUUUGAGUUGAGGAUCGAGAAGAGAGCCAAACCCGAACGUGUGCGUCUGACCCACGAUCAUGCCGGUCGUCAGGUCAAGGCCUUUGUGUGGGAUGCGAUCAGCUCAAAACUCUUUGUUGGCGAUGACACGGGCAAGAUUUCAAUCAUCUUUGUACCCUCCACGAAGACCAAGACUCUGUUCUCGCUCCCCUCAGAGGUGAUUGUGUACUUGGAUUCGAACAUCUACCAAAUGGACUGGUGGAAGGAUAAGCUGCUUGUGUCCACCUUGACCCACACACACUUGUUUGACACCAUCAAGCACAAUUAUUCUACCAUAGGGACUAAGAAAAGGGACGGGGAGUUCGGAUCUUGUUUUUUCCUGGAGCCCCGCUCCCAGUACUCCGUCAUCUACUGUGCUCGACCCAGUUCUCGGAUGUGGGAGGUCGACUUCCAAGGCAAAGUCCUCAACACCCACCAGUUCAAACAGUUGCUGGCAAUUCCGCCUGUACCUGUGGUCAACCUAGGACGGGACAGCUAUGAAUGCAUCAACAAAACAUACACGGGGCAGUCGGUGAACUUCCUGAAGAUGUUCCGUUUGGGUCAAUUCCUGGUGACCUGGAGUGCUAAAGGUCUGUACAUUUUUGACCCAAUCAACGUGAAGAUUCUUGUCUGGACAGAGGAUGUGAAAGGUGUCCAGGAUUUGGCAGUGUGUAACAACGACGUGUACCUCUUCCUGGCAAAUGGCUCGGUCACCCGCUUGGUGCUACUUCCUGUGUACCAGCUGUUCACUGUCCUGUCCAAACGCUGCCACUGGACACUGAUGGCCUCACUGCUGGUUGCUGCUGACCAGAUCAAGCUACGGCCAGCCGUGGUCAAGAGAAUCAAGCAGGAUUUAUUGUCUGUACUUACCGGUGGUCUCCGAGAGGAAGGCAAGUCUCGUCUGGCAGAGAAAGUGGAGGCGUUGCUGGAGGAUGUCAGUGAUGGUUCGCUGGACUCUCUGGAGGCUCAAAGCGAGUUUGUGGACACUGCGGAGAUCAUGGGUCACACCUAUCUUCCCACAGGCAUGGUAGUGGUCAGUGAAGGUGUGGCCAUUGACAAUUCUGCUCGCCCCGGGGGAUACAACCGAAAGUCGGAUGUCGUCACUGCUGAGGAAGGUGAUUACUGGCAGGAAGGGGAGAUUGAAGAUGGAUCUCACGCCAUCGAGAGUGGUGGUGAUGAUGUUGUGUCCUCGGGUUUGUAUCUGCCACAGGGCACUGAAGCUGGGGUUGGUAACAAAAUGGAUGGUACAGAGACAAACAUGACGCCCUCGCCAUUAUACUCACAAUGUCCAGAUUAUGCGGUGGUCAGUCAGGUCUUGAGUGACUCCGACACCGAUUCACAUCAAGUCUCAGUGUUUCCAGGGUCUGACAUUGUUGACUGUGGUACUACAAACCCCAAUUUGGAAAAUUUAGGUGAUGUCACGACUACAAAGCAAGUGGAGCCGAGGUUGGACAAUAAUGAGAAUGUUACGUUUACUCCAAAACCUGCCAGUGCUCAGAAUGGUGAGCAGCCUUAUCUCGAGGAAGGGGAAGGACACUCCGAGGGUGUUGCUGCUCUCUGUGAUUCUGCUUCCUCGACCCAUUCGCCAGUGUCGGCAAAGUCGGUUGUGAGUUCCUCAGAGCCUGUUUCUCCAGGCACCACAAGGCCCAGUGAUGUUGUUGUCAUGGCUGUCGGGGAGGAAGACGGCGUGAAGGAACUUUCAGAAAGCCAAACAUUAAUGGAAGAGGGUGAAAGUCUUGGAGGUAGGAAAACAAGUGGGGAGGAGCUGUCUCCCAUUUCAUCGUCAGUCUCGGCAUUGCCCCAGGCCGAUUCCUUACCACUGCAUCAGGCCGACAUUCACAGUACUCUACAGUCUCCUGGCAGCUCAGAAGUUGAUGGUACGAUUGGUGCGUCUGCUGGAGUAGAACACACAGUUAAUCUCGGCAAUGAGGGGGAAAAUGAACAACCUUAUUCCAGUACUGGGACAGUAGUGGGUUCACCAGUAGAGCCCAGAAACACAGAAGUGCACGAGAACUCGAUGGCUUGGCCAGACUCUAGAGACAACGACAAUGACAGAGUUGCUGAACAGUUGCAGAGUCAGAUGUCGGCCUCACAUGUCAGUGAUGCUGCUGCUCCUCCGCCAAGUGAUGUCAUUCCUGGCCCAAUGCUGGUGGCCAGGCAAAAGUCCACCAAGAAGGAGAAGCAGUCAGAUGAUUUGAGCAUUGCCCAGCCUCUCCGGACUUCAAAGAAGAAAAAGAAGAAGAAAAAUACCUCACGGGAUGUCUUUGCCCGCUCAGUGUCUUUUGAUCCUGCACCUCACAACAGUUCAGAACUGCGCCAGAGUGCAUCUGUUGGAGAUGACCCCGACAGCAUGUUGUUUGAUCAAAUUGAGACAGAGUUUGAUGCCAUCUCCAUGGAAACGAUCAGCAGUAUCGAGGAGGAGGAGCCGCCAUCGACUUCUAUGAGGGUCAAGGAUCCAGACACCAUCUCAUGUGUGGGCGAUUUCGAGAUCAAGAGCAGAAGGAAAUGGUCGAAUGAAAUGGCCUUGUCUCCGAUGGAGAAUUCUUCCUUCAGGAGAAAGAUGUCCUCUGAGCUGGGGCUCUCUCUGAAUGAGGCGGAAGAGGUUGGGAGAAUGGAGGUGAUCCCCCCUCUGAUAGACCGGCUGGCGGCGGCGAGAGGCUCGUUUGGGAGUGAGGAGGCCCUGUAUCCUGGCCGGGAGAUUUCUCCAUCCCUGAGCCCUUUGACGGCAUCGGGGGAACAUUUCCCUCACUCUGUCUCGCCCCGUAACUCGUUGUCAGCACUGAAGGAUGGGUUGUCCCUGAAACUUAAGACUCAGACGCGGUCUUUCAUCAAGAGCAUCAAGGGACGCAACCCGCUGUUGACGAAAACGUCCAGUUCUCUGGCCAAGUCGUCCAGCAGUCCCAUGUUGUCAGAGCUGCAGUCACCUCAGGAUCAGAAGUCAUGGAAAGCAGAUGAUGAGACAAGUGCUGUGACACCUGAUGAAAGCGUGCAGACGGAGAGUGACAGUGAAAGCGAUACAUUUCAGAAAGUGGCAUCUGCUGCGGUAGAUGUGCAUUCGCUCUCGACUACUGCGCUCAGACUCCAGAAGCGUUUGGGAGAAUGGUCGGCCAUGGUGAAGCCAGCCAUCCUGGUAGAGAUCUUGACAGAGUGGGCGAGAGAACUGCACAAAGCAAUGCUGGACUACCACCGUGAGCUGCACAGGGUCAAGGUCGAGAGGUCACAGGUCAGGGGCAAUAAAGCAGAAGUUCAGGAAGUAGUAGUGGAUCCUGGUGGUGAGGGAAAUUUCUCACGGCCAAAUUCUGUAGAUUCAGUUGAAGGUGGUGCUCUUAAUGGACACGAUAGGGAGUCAACGUAUGUUGAAGGUUCGUCUAUUAGUGGUGGAGAGGUGAAUGCUUCUGUGUCUUCAAGGAUAUCCAAUGCUUCCGAGGGUCAGGAAACUAGUGCAAUAAAUAAUUUGAAUUCAGCCUCGAUUCCGCCUGAUGCUUUAGGAGCAAGUUCGGAUACUGUUGUGUUUCCUGAGGAUUACUGGUUGGAUGUUGUCCAUGCGUUUGACCCGUUUCCCUUGUCGGAGGAGUUCCGGGAGGUGUUUCAGCAGCUGACCACCAUGUGCUUUAUCUGUGGCGUCCACGGGGAGGUCCUGAGUGCUUUUGGUCAGACAGACUUGGCCCACUACAUACAACUCGUUCAGUCCUUGCUCCCUUCGGUCAAUCUCAAUGGCUCGAGCUCCAAACUUCUUCUGGCGGACAGAGUGGCUUCCCUUUUCUCAGACAGCAGAAACAGUUUACAUGCGUCGCCCAUGAAAGACUCUGAAGUAGGUGCUCACUGCGAAACUAAUGGUUCAUCGGGUGGGCUGGGAAGUAGUGAGGUGUCCGGGUUGUCGGGCGCUGAUGUGUCUGGCAUGGAUUCCCCUUCUCAAAAUGUCUGCUCUCAGCACGAGAAAGUGACAGAAAUUUCCAGAGCUAUUUCAUCUGAGAAGCAGUUUUCUGCUGACCUCAGCCAGGCCGUGUUUUUACGUUUGUAUUUCUUCCUUCUGGACUUCGAGGCGGUCAAACGGGAGCUGGAUCAGAAAGAGACUGGGGACUGGCUACUGACCUGGGCAGCUUGCCUGCAGUGUUCUCAAGCCAAGGGUGCCGGGGAUAUUGUAAGCAGCAUUCUUGCCGGCAAACAGGUCAACUCAGCCUUUGACUAUCUGAGAUCUGGCAUACUACCUCAUCAUUCUGCUCUGCUGGGACACGCCUAUAGGUUAUUCUCAAUGUCCCCUGGCAAAGUGAGCGAGUUCUGCGCGGAGCGAAAGAAGCAUCUAACAGCUAUGGAUCUGUUGUGUUUCUGCCUUCAUGCCAGUCGACCCAUGGGUCCAUGUCUGCUCCGCUACACUCGACAGAUGAUGACUGACCUUGCUCCCGUGCUGCGGCCGGCCGCCCUCAGACAGAUGUGCAGUUCUCGUCAGGUGAGGAGGGUCUUGAUGGAGGAGCUGAUCCCGACCUUGACCCAAGACUCUGUCCUCAGCUCUUCCUUGGAGGGAUCCAAGAGUCUGGCUGGUCAGCUGACUGCUGUGCUGUCGUUUGAUUGGUUGAAUCUGAUGUUGUCGCUGAUUGAGUCGGAGGAGGAAAUAGAGCAGACUCUCGCACUGUGUACCAGGAGCAGGUGCUGGUGUGUGUGUGUCAAGUUGCUGAAGCGCCGCGGGGACUGGUGUCGUCUGCUGACUCUGGUGCUGAAGGCUGAUGAUGUGGCCAUGCUGAAUGACUCUGAAGAUGGUUACCUGCCUCGGAACCUAGAAGAGUGGAGGUUUUUACUCCAAGAGUUUCAAAGAAAAUCUAUUCUGAAGCCACAGGACAAUUCUAAACUUGAAAGCGAAAAUGGAUCUUCUAUAACAGAAAAUUUUGGUAAGAAUAAUCAGUUUUAUUCUGAGUCGCAGCCAGAGUUGGCAGUAAGCGAUUCCUCCUUGACAGCGGUUAAACAAGGCUGUACUAACAAUGUGGAAGAAAGUUUCCAUGGAGUCGAGCAAGAGGAUAAUCCAGGGGCCAUCACCUGGAACAACCUGGGUUACCUGCUCCUGACUCAUCUCGGCGGAGCUCUGGCUAUUGAGCUGCUUACGGAGUACCUGGACAAUCCGGAAGUGUCUGCCACUUGUCUCAGAGCAGAGUUCCUCUCGGCUUGCUACGCAGACUACAGCAUCAAGAUGGAACAACAUCAUCUGAGUCAUGAGAUGUUAGAGAAAAUGUCAAUGUACAUGUGGGCCAAGAAGCCGGGAUUUGUCACUCCCUCGGUGUACCAUACGGUGAGGGUAGAACGUCGGAGUGUGGAGACUGGAGAGGGGCACGAUAUGAAAGUGCAAGGCAUGUGUGCCCAGGUACAAGGGAUGUCCAGCCAGGACUUGAUGGCCGAGUACCUGCCCGGCCACUGGGGUCAGGAAGUCAAUAUCUAUGGGCCAUGCCCAUGUUGCAACCUGCCUCUGAAAAGUGUCGUUUCCCUCAGCUCUCCUGGUGUGGCUGUCUUUCCUUGUGGUCAUGCCUGCCACAAGCGUUGUGCACCCCAGUCUGUCUGCCCUCUUGAUCACCCGUCUGUCACAGCAGCCAAUGGAUGACGUUGAUGCAAAGCCCUCUACUGUGUGCUCUCUGCGUUAUUUUUUUCCGGAAUGUUAAUCUAUUGUUAUUUUUAUGGUUUUUUUUUCUAACCUGAGCUUGGCUUGAUCUUUGAGAUGGUGUAGCUGGGUUUUCUGUUUUGAAAUCAGGGUCUAAGAAAGUUCUCAAAUGUCACAGCAGCAGCUUCCUUUGUCGUGUCACAAGUGAUAUUCUUGUACAUUCCACCUGUUGUAUACUGAUGUUUCUUAAAAGGAGGGGAUGAGAAAGAAGGGGGAGCGGGCUUGUUGGAAGUUAUUACAUUUGCAAUAUGGAGCCCUGCAUUUUCUUUUCUUUAUCUUUUUCUUUGUUUGAGGGUGCUCUGAGCUCAGCUUGUACUGUCAUGAUGAAAUAAGAUACAGGUGACUCUUGUUGAAAUCUCCCACUGGGUGUCCCUUUAGUUUGCUUAUUGAGGAGGUUUUCAUGGCUUUACUUCAACUUGGCUCUGUCGUAUUUAAGAUGGACUUCCUCCCUUUUGAAUCACUGUAGUUUGUUGAAAAUGAAUGAAAACCCAGAAUAAAUCAAAACUGUAUGCAACAAGGUUUGAACCAAUGAUGAAAGCUCCAACUUCCAUAAGGUCAUAUGUUUGAUGGCCACAUGUGCUAGGUCAGCUGUCUUUAAAAAGAGUGGUAUGUCUACCAAGUUUACAUCUCUUGAAACUGAUUCUUAGCAAUAAAGCUUUGAGAAGAGAAGGGAAGGGAAGAGGUAAAGACCGUAAAAAUUACUUGUUACAAAGGAUCUAAGAGAGUUGUUGUGCAGUCAUGCAAACUUGCUUCCAGAGGCUACAGGGUUAUGAAUUAUUGCUUGAGCUUUGAGAUGCAAUAUUUGAAAAUACUGCAUCUACUGACCUCUAAUACUAGACUUUUUUUUAAAAUGACGUUCAAAAGUAUACA